CUUUGCCACCCUGCUCUUUUCUCACCCUGCUCCUUUGCCACCCUUCUCCUUUGCCACCCUGCCUCUUUCCACCCUGCUCUUUUGUCACCCUGCUUCUUUCCACCCUUCUUUGUCACCCUGCUUCUUUCCACCCUUCUCCUUUGCCAACCUGCUUCCUUUGACCCUUCUCCUUUGCCACCCUGCUUCUUUUGACCCUUCUCCUUUGCCACCCUUCUCCUUUGCCACCCUGCUCUUUUGUCACCCUGCUUCUUUACCACUCUGCUCCCUUGCCACCCUGCUUCUCUCCACCUUUCUCCUUUGCCACCCUGCUCUUUUGCCACCCUGCUCUUUUGUCACCCUGCUCCUUUGCCACUCUGCUCCUUUGCCACCCUGCUCUUUUGCCACCCUGCUCUUUUGCCACCCUGCUCCCUUGCCACCCUGCCUCUUCCCCACCCUGCCCCUUUGCCACCCUGCUUCUUUCUCAUCCUGCCCCUUUGUCACCCUGCCCCUUUCCCAUCCUGCUUCUUUGCCACCCAGCUCUUCUGCCACCGUUCUCCUUUGCCACCCUGCUUCUUUCCACCCUGCUUCUUUGCCACCCUGUGUCUUUGCCACCCCGCUUCUUUAAUACCCCGCUCCUUUCCCACCCUGCUUAGCCGGGAGGGCCGAGACCUCUCCGUGGCUCUAUUAUCAUUACUGUGAUCGUUAUUAUGAUUCCUUUUUUUAUUCUUUCCUUUUCACGGGGCGGAACCUGAACCUCCAGCGGGGCAGAGUCGGCUUCUGUUUUCGGUUAGCGCUUCGCUGCUCGGACAGAUGCAUACAAAUGCAUUUAGGAGCCCCCAGGACAAGGCGAGGAAAGGUCUCCCCCGCGGCAGAAGGGAAAAAUCUCUUCCUUCUUAUUGCAUUAUGCAUAGCUGUGGGAGUUGUACAUGUGCAGGAGCAAGGUAUAGAUGUCCUUCAACAACUUCUCCUUGGAGGCAACGAUGUAAGGUAUUCAUCAUCGAUGACCGCCAGACCAUGGUCUUCUACACCAGCGCCUUCAGGGCUGUGGAUCACAGCACAGGGAAUCAUUUUAACAAGCAAUGCUCAUAUCGAGUUACCUGUCGGGAGGAUUUUACCACCCAGUCUGGGGCAGCAUUUCACAAUAAUAAUCGGGUUGCGCUCUUUCCAAAUAAACAAUGCUUUUCUCUUCAGCAUUAGAAAUAAAAAUAGACUGCAGCUCGGAGUCCAGCUGCUGCCAAAGAAGGUUGGAGUAUAUGUCGGAGGAAAACAGCCUACGUAUUUUAAUUACAGUGUUUAUGAUGAACAGUGGCACUCGUUCGCCGUUCACAUCGGGGAGACAACUGUCUCCAUGUUUGCUGAGUGUGGAAAGAAGCAUUUCAGCAGGGAAAUAUUUUCCAAAGUGCAGACAUUGGAUUUCAAUGGGGUGUUUACUUUAGGAAGCAUGCACUCUCAUUCUGUCCAUUUUGAAGGAGUAAUAUGUCAGCUGGAUAUCAUUCCUUCAGCAGAAGCCUCCGCAAACUAUUGUAGAUAUGUGAAACAGCAGUGUCGUCAAGCCGACACUUACCGAUCUCAGCCUCCCCACACAACAACUCUGGCAGCCCUGGUCUUGGAAAAUUCUCCAUCUAGCGAGCAGUUUGAUGAAGAAACCCGACCUGAACACACACCAUUUUUGAAGGAAAAAGGGAAUGCAAACCUUUUUGGGAAUGAUCAGGGUUUAACACAUUUAGUGCAGGAGCCCUGGAAAUCGAACCAUCCAGGUACAUCAGUUUCCUCGGGAAAUGCCAGUUCUGUAAACCUUGAAGAUAAUGGAUUUUGGGACGUGGAAAUUAAAGCUGGAUCACCUACCGAGCCAAAUUUGAACCUGUCUGUCCCCCGCCUCAUACUCAGUGAGACAAGGAUGGUGACCGAAAAGAAAUCAAAUUCCCUCCAAAAUGUUUCAUCCAUUGGCGCCGAAGAUGCCAAUGGUGCUGUCCAUCUCCCUCAGCCUCACGAUAAGCUGCCCUCUAAUCUCCCUCCCAUAACGUUAGUUAGAUUUCAACAUGAAAGGAAGGAUGUCUCGGCAAAUCACCAGAAGGAAGAAUUUGUGAAAGCGCAACAGGGUUUCAAUUCAACACUGAACAGGGCUACACCUGAACCAUCUGGAGAGCAUAAUCAUCUUGUUUCACAGAAGGAAGGGGAUUGGGAGACUGAUGAUACAUUUCACACCGGAAAUUAUGAUGAAACUGAACUUGAGAGUUAUGAUUAUCAUUAUUAUGAGGAUCUUAAUGCAAUGCUCGAAAUGGAGAUAUGGAGAGGACCCAAAGGAGACCCUGGACCACCCGGUUCACCAGGUCCCAUAGGUGUCCCUGGUCCCUCGGGGAAGAGAGGCCCAAGGGGAAUACCGGGGCCACAUGGGAAUCCCGGCUUGCCAGGACCCCCCGGUCUGAAGGGUCCUAAAGGAGACCCAGGUUUAUCUCCUGGUCAAGCAAUUCCUGGAGAAAAGGGUGAUCCAGGACACUUCGGAUUAAUAGGUCCCCCCGGGUUUCAAGGUGAAAAGGGUCCCAAGGGUUAUCCAGGACCACCGGGUCUACGAGGUGAGCAAGGAAUUCCGGGAACAACUGGCAGUGCGGGAUCCCCCGGUUACCCUGGCAGGCAGGGUUUAGCUGGACCAGAGGGUAACCAAGGCCCUAAAGGUGUUAGAGGUUUCAUUGGCUCUCCCGGACUGGCUGGACAAUCUGGCCCCGAAGGAGAAAGAGGGAUUUCUGGACUACGAGGAAAGAAAGGCCUUAAGGGGAGACAGGGAUUCCCAGGUGAUUUUGGGGACAGAGGUCUCCCUGGGCCAGACGGCAGCCCGGGAAUUGUUGGUGGCGUUGGUCCUCCUGGGUUUCCUGGACUAAGAGGUAUUCUUGGCCCCGUAGGACCGAGCGGACCUCCUGGGAUUCCUGGGUCGAUGGGUGUUCCAGGAAAUAUUGGGCCACCAGGAAACAAAGGUGAUAAGGGGGAACAAGGAAUUAUCGGUGAGCCAGGAGACCUUGGGUAUCCCGGAGACAAGGGAAGCAUUGGUUUGCCAGGGCCACCAGGGAUGCGGGGAAAAAUGGGACCAUCUGGACAAGUAGGUGAUCCCGGCCCCCAAGGACCACCUGGUACUCCAGGACCGGAGGGUUUUCCAGGAGAUAUUGGUGUUCCCGGUCAGAACGGUCCUGAAGGUCCAAAGGGACUUUUGGGUAGCCGAGGCCCUCCAGGACUGCCAGGCCCCAAGGGAACUGAGGGAGAAGAAGGUCCAGUGGGUACACCUGGAGGUUUGGGACCAACGGGAAAACCAGGCCGGAAGGGCUAUGCCGGUGAACCAGGACCAGAUGGAUUGAAGGGAGAAGCAGGAGAUCAAGGAAACCUUGGAAAAAUUGGUGAAGCAGGACCUGUUGGCUUAACUGGAGAAGUUGGAAUAACUGGAAACCCGGGUGAAAAGGGAGAGCGGGGAAGCCCGGGCCCAGUGGGUCCCCCUGGAGAAAAAGGCGUCACGGGGUAUCCAGGUCCUCCAGGUGUUCCAGGACCCUUAGGUGCUCCUGGAUUUCCUGGUCACGUAGGAGUAAGAGGACCUCCAGGCAUUCAAGGUCCCAAGGGGCGGAGAGGGCCAAGAGGUCCUGAUGGUCUCCCAGGAGAGCAAGGCAUACAGGGCUGUAAGGGAGAAAGAGGUGAUCAAGGGAAAAAAGGCCUUCACGGAGUUAUCGGCAAAGCUGGGAACCCUGGAGAACGAGGUGCUCAAGGAAAACCUGGUUUACAAGGCCCCCCUGGAAGCACUGGAGACAGAGGGCCUACAGGAGAACCAGGACCCCGGGGACAACAAGGAGAUGCUGGUCCUGUAGGAGAAAUGGGAGUUGAAGGUCCCCCUGGCAUUGAGGGAGAAGCUGGUCUUCAAGGGGAGCCUGGUGCAAAGGGAGAAGUUGGACUUGCAGGUGGUAUCGGAGGUCCGGGAGAAGCAGGAGUGAGGGGUGAACCGGGAGCAGCAGGGGAAGAUGGUCAUCAAGGGAAAGACGGAUCUAAGGGGAAUGCAGGAGACAGAGGGCCUCCUGGAGAAGAUGGAGACAAAGGAGAGAUGGGAAUUCCAGGGAUCUCGGGACCAACGGGUGGACCUGGCAUAAUAGGCCUCCCAGGCUCUGAAGGAACCCCGGGAAAUCCAGGUGAAAGGGGCCGGCCAGGAAGAAAGGGAGAAAAGGGCCAGAUGGGACCAGCCGGGGAAGUCGGAAGCACAGGACCUCCUGGCCAGCUUGGGGAAGGCGGUCCAAAAGGAGCCAGAGGAACUAGGGGCCCUGCGGGGCCUUUAGGAUCGAUGGGUCCUGAAGGAGAACCAGGAAUUCCAGGAUAUGGGGGUCACCAGGGUCAACCGGGACCUUCUGGCUUGCCAGGACCUAAAGGAGAAAAAGGUUUCCCGGGAGAAGACAGCGGAUCACGGGGACCACCUGGGGCUCUAGGUGAACCAGGUCCAAUAGGCGAACGAGGAGACAGAGGAGAUCAUGGAGACGAGGGCUAUAAGGGUCACAGAGGUGUGCCAGGACACAGAGGGGCCAUUGGACAGCAAGGCCCACCAGGAGAACCAGGUGAUCUGGGUCAACCAGGACUGAAAGGGGAGAGAGGAUCUCAAGGUCCUAAAGGCAAGAAAGGAGCAAGUGGUCCCCCAGGAAAACGUGGAAGUCCCGGACUAGCAGGCCCACCUGGACAGAAAGGCACACCAGGCUACCCCGGAGCAGAGGGCCUCCCAGGAAAUCCUGGAAAAGCUGGACUUCCAGGAAGCCCAGGACUCCCCGGCAACAAAGGCAGCACUGGAAGAGCCGGACUGACUGGAUCUCCAGGGCCUCAGGGAGCGAAGGGAUUAUCCGGUGUGCCAGGGAACACCGGAGCCCCAGGACUGAAGGGUGAGCAAGGAUUGCCGGGACACCCUGGGAAGCAAGGUGAGCGUGGUCAUCCCGGAGCACCAGGAGAUCAAGGACUGCGUGGUGAUCCUGGACUGAGAGGGCAACCGGGGGACCCUGGUGAUCAAGGUUUGAUGGGUUUUCCAGGAUUCCCGGGACCGAAAGGUCCCGAUGGAGAUGUUGGUUUAGUUGGAAUAUUAGGUCCUAAAGGUCCUAAUGGCCAAAUGGGAUACACUGGUCGUACUGGAAGAGAAGGCUUCAUAGGCCCAGUAGGAAAACCUGGACCCAGAGGUGAAAAAGGCCAGAGGGGUGAAAUUGGCCCACAAGGACCUCCAGGUCAUCCAGGACCUCCGGGCCCACCGGGAGCACGUGGUCCAAGAAAACAAAUGGAUAUCAAUGCUGCUAUUCAAGCCUUGAUUAAAUCAAAUGCUGCACUACAGAUGGAGGCCUACCAGAAUACCGAAGUGACUUUAUUCGACCACAGUGCUGAGAUAGUCAAAACCCUGCACUACCUGAGCAACUUACUGCACAGUAUCAAGAACCCGCUAGGCACUCGAGAAAACCCGGCACGUAUCUGCAGGGAUUUGCUCAACUGUGAACGCAAAGUGUCGGACGGGAAAUACUGGAUUGAUCCAAAUCUUGGAUGUCCUUCAGAUGCCAUUGAAGUUUUCUGCAAUUUUAGUGCCGGUGGUCAGACCUGCCUAUCUCCUGUAUCAGUGACAAAGUUGGAGUUUGGAGUUGGAAGAGUUCAGAUGAAUUUCCUUCAUUUACUGAGCUCGGAAGCGAUCCAUGCCAUCACCAUUCACUGCCUGAACACAUCAGUCUGGACAACCAAGAGGGCGAGUGCUCCGGGAAUGUCUGUAAGCUUCAAGGGAUGGAAUGGUCAGAUGUUUGAAGCCAACAGUCUACUUGAACCAGAGGUGCUUUUCAACGAAUGCAAGAUCCAAGACGGCAGCUGGCGUAAGGCAAAAUUUCUUUUUCACACUCAGGACCCUCAACAACUCCCAGUUACUGAAGUGCGCAAAAUUCCUCAUCUCAAAGCAGGACAGCGGAACUACGUUGAAAGCAGUUCUGUGUGCUUUCUGUGAGAUUUCCGAACCGGGUCGGGAUUCCCUGCCAUGAUUGGGGAACUGCUGCGGUGUCUAAUCAAGUUGAGUAAAAAGAAAAACCUGACAGCGUCAUCGUUAUGGAACUGUGGAAAAUGAGCGAAGGCGAAAUCUUCAAAGUAUCUCAGGAAGAAAAAGACUUCCUCCUAAGAAGGAGAAAUGGCAUUUUUUUUAAAAAAAAAAAAAGUAGGACCGUAACGUGGAUAAAGUAUUUAAAUAUUGAUCGGUGCUUGAUAUCGAUCGGUAGAAUAUCCUGGAACUGAGAGCCGCGUCUUGCAAGUGGAAUCCUCCAAGAUCUCGUGGGUCCUGAACCUAUUUUUCAGCGCUAUCCAAGACACCCUACAGACAGCUAGAGACGUGCAGUACUCUGGAGCAUACUGGUUAGUGCUCCCAAAUGUGCAAUAGCUUCUGUCUGAGAAAAAAUUAAGCCACAGUUCAGUACAUCUUUUUUUCCCCCAAAUACUAAGCUGUAUCCCGCUCCCUCGCGGGCAAGUACAUCUUAGCCGACGGUACACUACCUCUUACGUGUCGCCUGUUUGUGUUCGCUUGGUGCUCCUCCUGAUAUGCGGUGCUCUGUGGCAUUGGUAGAAAGUAUUUGAUUCCCUUUUCGUCGUUGUCGUUCUUUAAGGCUGUAUGUACUGGUUACAUCGAGAUACGUUUGGGUUGUUCGAGAACUUAUUUUAAAUUGUUUGGUCACAUAAUUCAUUAUCAGUAAAACAUUAUUUAUGUGAAGCCCUUGUUCUUUUUUAUUUUCUUUUUGCGGGCGUGGAAUAAAAGUCAGCACGUUGUAUCUGGUGCUGAUACACAGCACGGUUUGUUUUUCGGUUAAGGUUACUUUUUUAAUCGUUGCAGAAAUUUGUUGUAGAACCGCUUCUUGGCAGUAGUAGAUUUGGGUUUGUAGCGACUGGGAGAGAGUUGACUGUUUUAAACAUUCGUGGUCAUCUGAGAUGAUGUUUUGUAUAUAUAUUUUGUAACUUUUUGAAGAUUUUAAUAUAGCAUAACUUUUGAAUUGCUGCUGUUUUAAAUUAUAACCACCAUAAAUACUUCAGCAUAUUAGAAAGUCCGUGUUUUCUUUGUAUGAGAAGAUUCCAUUUCACUUUUUUUUUUAUUAUUAUUUAAGGCUUUUGGGCCUAAAAGUUUCCAAGUCUCCGGCUUUUUUAAGCAGCGUCCAGGGAAAGGAAGGUUCUUACCAUUCAAAAAUAGGCUAAGCGAGCCCUAAGCCUUGUCAGAAGAAAUGUUCACUCAGCGGUACCAGAAAAAAGAUUAUAACCUCUCUGUGUUUGGAAAAAAUGUGCUCAUACAUUUUGGACAUACAUUAAGCCACAGCAAAUCACACUUACCCAACUGUAAUAAAAAAAAGGAAAAGCGAUUCAAACCA